AGAUAAAUUAAAAUAAAAACAGAUAUUUUCCCGCUCGAAUCCGUCAAUUAUUAGUUUACAAGUUCACAACAACUAACGAGCUCAGAAGAGAUAGUCUUCAUUAUUCGGGGAAGAUGGCGUCCAAGGGACUGUUACUUCUCAGGCGGAUCAUCAACUGUCCUACACUGCUGAUACUCACUGCAAUGGUCCUGAUCACAAUCACGCUUAUGCACAUCAAUGGCAGAUCCUGGCCGAUCAGUGACCCACCGCGUACAGUUUCAGAACCACCGAAUGAUCAACAGUAUCGCGAUAUCGAUGGAGCGAAAAUUAGAGUCCCUGCUGAUGGAACAAACGAAGACUUCAGUAAUCCAAUCAAAAAUCCAAUUUUGGACUGGGAAAAUUUUUUCGAUUAUAUAGAAAAAUCGGCCGGGUGUAGUAAUCUCAAAAUGUUUGGAGGGCGUUCGGGUAAAAUUGACGGCAGCAAGGCGGUUUGUUUGGACGCCAACGUCGCGCCUACUCCAGGCUCCUGCAUCGUUCUUUCCUUCGGCAUCAACAACGAGUGGAGCUUUGACGACGCCAUGGAGCAAUACGGCUGCAAGGUAUACGCGUUUGACCCAACGAUGGAUGAGCAGGCUUAUCUCAGGGGGAGCAACAUCCACUUCCAUCCCUGGGCCUUGGGAGGCGUAACUGGGGUCGCCAAUUUCCGGGGAAAAAAUAGAACGAUCUACACAUAUCGUGAUAUUCUUAAGAAGAUAAACGAGGAGAAAAGCGUCAUCGACUACCUUAAGAUCGACGUCGAGGGCUACGAGAUUGAUUUCUUUCGUAACGUCUUGAACGACGACGCCGAACUCCUUGCCAACGUCAAGCAGAUCGGCAUGGAAAUCCACACGAGGAGGUCGACGACGAUCAGAGACGCGAUCUGGAGCCAAAUUCGGCAGCUGCGCAGCCUGCAUUUCUCGCAGAUAUCCAGUCUACCAAACAUGGUUGGCAGCAAUCCUUACAAAUUCGAGAACAAAACUGUUUCCCGGGGUUAUGAAAUUCUUUGGGUUAAUGAACAAUUUCAAGGGAAUUGAGUUCGCUUUUCCGUAAAUUCUGCUUGGAAGAAACGUGUGCUGCAGAUAUUUAUGCUUUUUUUCCAAAAAUAUUUCAAAUAAUUUUCAACAUAUACUAGGUUUUUCGUGCUACUGCAAUGGAUUAUUUGACCAUUUUGUGUCACGCUAUGUUGUUAUUUGUUUUCUCGUUGCUAAUCGUUUCUUAAAGCUAUAGAGAUAAGUAAGGGUCUUCUGGAAAUAACAAAUCAUAUUAAAUUUUCUAAACUGAUGUUGGCACUCCAGUGUUGUAGGUUUUUACACUGCACGAAACUUAACAAUGAUGUAGAUAAAAGUUAUUUAGUAUAAUUGCAUAUAUUGUUACCGUGAGCUAUCGACUUAUGGUAAAAUAUCACUGGGAUCGUGA